AUUUUCAGAAACAAAAAAAAAAAUAAAAAUAUUUAGGGCAAUAGAAUUUUAGUUUGGAAUUACUUGCGGGAAAGGCUGUUUUUUUAUCUGAAAAUAAUUCAAACUUUUUAAUUUAUAAUAUUGUCUAAAAAGUGAACAUAUAUUCAUAUUCUGUGCAUGUGUGCGUGUAUGUGUGCAUUUUGAUUUUAAUCCGCGGCGAAGUUUGCUUGCGGUUCAUUCGUUACAUUCGCGCAUUAGUCAGAGUCAGAGUCAGUAUUAUAGUUUAAACGGAGUAAGAUGUAUCAAAGCGAUUUUCACAGAAAAAAGGAUUUUGCUAAUCCAAAUUUAUUCGGUAAUCCAACACAGACAGAAACUGUCCCACCACCAUCUCAAGCUCCAGCUCGUGCAGAACCAGCAAAAGAGAUCAAGGAGCAAGAGGAGGUCCGUGCUGAGCACUUGUUUAAGCAUCCCCUCCAAAAUGCAUGGACAUUAUGGUAUUUAGAAAGUGAUCGCACCAAAUCUUGGGAGGAUAUGCAAAAUGAAAUUACCAGCUUUGAAACGGUGGAAGACUUCUGGAGUCUUUAUAACCACAUCAAACCUCCAUCGGAAAUUAAAAGCGGUUGUGAUUACUCUCUAUUCAAGAAGGGAGUUCGCCCAAUGUGGGAAGAUGUUGCCAACAAACAAGGUGGUCGCUGGGUUAUUAACGUUAUGAAGAAUUCAAAAUCUGAUUUAGAUAAUUUAUGGCUCGAUGUGCUACUUUGCUUAAUUGGUGAAGCUUUCGAUAACACUGAUCAGAUUUGUGGAGCCGUUGUUAACGUUCGUACUAAGGGUAAUAAAAUCUCUAUUUGGACUGCUGACGGCACCAAGAAGGAUGCUGUUUUGGAAAUUGGUACCAAAUUGAAAGAUGCCUUACGUUUGGGCAAUCUUAGUCUACAAUAUCAGUUACACAAAGACACAAUGGCUAAACACAGCUCCAACGUAAAAUCUGUAUACACCUUAUAAAACAAUAACUAUUGAAAUCGAAGUUUUAGCAACGUAUAAAAAUUAAUUUAAAAAAGCAUAUAUAACAUAACGUACGUCGAAUUUUUAAGUAUAAAAAAACAGUCCUUUCGAUUGUGUUAAAUAUAUAUUUAAAUUAACGCAAGUAAAACUAAACAACUAACUAAAAUCAAAUCGAACACAGAAAUAAAUU